AUGGCGAUCACCGUUCGCCGACUAGGUUAUCCGUUUAAACUAACGAUUCCCGUUGCUGCAAAAAUUGUUGAUAUUAAAAUUCAGUUAGAGAAAAUGAUUGGUCUCUCACCAGAUAAGAUGGACUUGACCUAUAACGAAGAGGUUCUACGAGAUGAACUAACUGUGCUAGAUUAUCAUAUUACCCCUGAGACGACCCUCAUUGCUUACCACAAAAUCCUAAUUUGGAUCAAGGCGGAUCCCAUGCAUCUGUGUAGCUUAUUAGUCAGAGAUGUUACGGUGGGGAAGGUGAAAGAAAUACUUCAUGCAGAGUUUGGGCUUGACGUGGAAAACAAGAGACUCCAAUUUCCACGAGGACAUAAUCUUGUUGAUCGUUGUUAUCUUUCUGCUUAUAGAAUUGAUGAAGAAUCUGAGUUAUAUCUUGUUUGA